CUCUCUUGUGCGAGGGGGGGCUGACUAGAGCUUCGAACUUUUUUUUUCCAACUUUUAGCUUCCAAAUAUCCCGUUUUUAUUUUUGUCUUGUUCUUUACGUUUCUUCGUUUCCCCUCGACAAAAUAUUAGAGACACCUCUUCACUGCGACACUGCCAAUCGAUCAUCAGCUUAAGAAGAGUCCGGACAAGCCAGUCCGAAACCAAAUACAUACACACAGUGCCGAGCCCCAACAUAUUCCGACCACCUGUUGCUUUUCCAGUCAACGGAGAAACCUCUCACAGCACGUGACAACUCAAAGUCCCCAGCUACCGGCAAACAGGCUUGGCAAUGGCCCAAGUUCGUCAUUUAACGGCCGCUCUCUUAGCCGUCGCCCUUGUGUUGUGCUCCGGCCCGGUCAGCGCCCGCGUUUACCAAACGGACGAUGCCAUAAUCGUUGAAGCCGAGAACUUGGGUGUCAGAGAAGGUCGAUCGGCCAAGGACGACUCCGAGGACAAGUUCCCGUUCUCGUUCGGAGAGCAGAUCGAUUCCACCUUUUCGGGGGAGGGCCAGCAGCCUUCGUCCAGCUUUCCCAGCAGCACCUUCUUGGCGGACGAAAAGUCGUGCUUCACGACGGAAGGCAAACUCGGAUUUUGCACGUCGGUCCGCUCCUGCUACCCCAAGUUCAAGUUGCCCGAGUUGAGCAACCUGGAAACGUGGGUCAUCGGCACACGCGGCACUUGCCAUUACGUCGAAAAAGAUGGCAGACAGGUUUAUGGAGUUUGCUGCUCGAGGCAAGUCUCCACCAACAACAAUGGCGUAGUGGUUGGCAGUUUGUACGGAACCAUCCCCACCGUGCCGGUCAAUCAGGAAACCGGUUUGCCCCAACUCAACUUCCCCUGGUGGUUGUACUUCCCUUACCGGCCCAACAACGCCACGACCACAACCACGACGACGACUACAACCACCACCACAACAACCACCACAACAACUCCCGCUCCCGUGAAGGAAGCCGUUAUCGUCGAUGGCAAGCAAAACGGCUGCGGCGCUGGGCCGUUCAAAACUUUGAGCAUCGACGAACAGAAGCGCAUUGUCGGCGGCACGGAAGCCAUCAAGAACUCGUGGCCGGGCAUCGUAGCGCUCAAGAAUAAUGGCCGUCAAUUCUGCGGUGGGUCUUUGAUGAGCCCUACUCACAUUCUGACAGCCGCUCAUUGCGUGGCCCAUAUGUCAUCGUGGGACGUUUCGCGAUUGACCGUGGAGCUGGGCAUGCACGUCCUCAAGCCAUCUAGUGACGCCCAAGUGUCGAAGAAAGUCCGUCGGGUGACCCGUCACAAAGGAUUCGAUUCCAGGACUUUGUAUAACGACAUUGCCAUUUUGACGAUGGAAUCUCCCGUGUUUUUCACGUCAACUAUUUCACCCGUCUGCUUGCCGCCAGCGGGUUCCAACGACCAGUACACGAACAAAGAUGCGGCCGUUAUCGGAUGGGGAGCACUAAAAGAAGGUGGAUCCCAGCCGACUGUCCUGCAGCAAGUCACUGUUCAGGUCAUUACCAACGACAAAUGCAAAAGCAGUUACGGAAGCGACGCUCCGGGCGGAAUCGUCGAUCACAUGCUUUGCGCUGCUUAUCCUGGCAAAGACUCUUGCAGCGGUGACAGCGGUGGCCCACUUCUUGUCCAGUCGUCGCCCGGGUCUCCUUGGAUUCAGGCCGGCAUCGUCAGUUGGGGAAUCGGAUGCGCGCAAGCGAAAUAUCCUGGCGUGUACGCCAGAGUCACGUCGUUCAUGAACUGGAUCGGGAAGAACACCGUGUGAGGAAUUUUAUUAGGUCACCACAUCACAUAACAUGGGCUUGUUCACAAAUAAUAAAAGUAGCAUUUAAAACAAAACAAACAAAAAAGCCCAGUGAAACGCACCGGGGGGGAAACACGCACACAACUCUGUCUUCUCUUUAUUAUACUUCCAAUUGUUGAAUAAUUUGCUAUGUUAUUCUUUUGUUUUUUUGGGUCUAUCCAUUGAAACAUCCUAUUUAAUUCAUAUUAAGCCUCCUUUUUUAAAAUGCUAUCUUCUUAUUCGGCCGACGUUUUUAUACACUACCCAAUGUCGUGAUACGAGAUAA